AUGGUUGUCCUCGGUGUUUGCGAAGGUGCCUCCGAUACCGUCGCCGACAAGGUCACCAUCCUUACGGGCCCGGGCGAAUUCAGCACGGCGGGCAAGGUCACGCCUCUCACGCUGGUAAAGGCCUCAGCUUUCCAGUACUUUUCGACUAUUGCGCCGGACGGCACCGUCACCAACGAAUCUGGUCCAGUCUCCAAGUAUCUGGACGAAGGAGUUUGCCCCAUGUCUGGCUCAAAGUGCACCGUCAAGGACAAGUUUUUCGCCAAGUCGUCAACGGACCACUUUGUGGUGUUCAAGAAGGAGGGGAGCACGUACAGUCCAACACCCGUUGCGGGGCCUUGCAUAUACAUGCCAGCACCGGAGGAGUACGUCGCGAAGUUCGACAUGACCUCCCCGUCGGGAACCAAGGAGGGGUUUGCUUUCACCUACUUCUCGUCGGCGCCGCAGACCAUGACGAUGGUUGUCCCCGGCGUCGACGGUGGCUCGCUCAAGCUGCUUGUGUCUCUGGCGGGCUCAGGCGGCUCGGACAAGAACUACUCGCGGGUUGCGGCCUGCUGCUGCUGCUCCGUCGCCACCAAGACGUCCGGUGGCGCUUGGGCCUCGCUCGACGCGUCGGGCAGCACCCAAUUCGACGUCACCGCCAUCAUCAACUCAGCUAUGACAGCAACGGGAGGAGGACUAAUGGGCGGGGAAUCCGGCUCGUUCGAGUACUACGAGGAGGAAGGGGGCAUUCCCCCACUGCCCUAG